AUGCCAAACAUCGGAGGUCCAAGGCAGGAGAAAAGGAUACUUUUAAAUGAAGUGGUCCACGCCAGUAUUUUGUACGCCGCUCCAAUAUGGGCAAAGGCACUGGAGGUUAAAAAAAGAAAAACCGAAACUUCUAUCAGUUCAGCGACGGGCGCCUUGAGAGUUGUUUCUGCCUACAGAACUGUAGCGGAGCAAGCGGUAUUCGUAAUCGCAGGAAGAACAGAUAAGGCUGAUAUCAAAAAUGAAGCGAAGGAGAUAUUAUAUCAACUGUGGCAAAGAAGAUGGGAUGAGGCGUACGGUGGAAAAUGGACACAUAUGUUAAUCCCGAAUAUAAGAAGAUGGACUGAACGAAAACACGGACAGGUAGACUAUUAUCUUUCCCAGAUACUUAGCGGUCACGGAGCUUUCGAACAUUAUUUAUAUCGUUUCAAGAAAAGAGCUAGUGCGGCCUGUAAAUAUUGCAGCAGUGCCAUCGACGAUGUCAGUCACACCAUUUUUGAAUGCUCGGCCUGGGAACCAGGUAGAUUAAAGAUCAAGGGGAUUUUUAAGGUACCCUUUAAAAAAGAAAACUUAGUACCAUCUAUUGUGGAGGACGAAGAUAUAUGGGAGGCUUUCGUGGCGUUUAUAUCAAAAAUUCUACGACAGAAGGAGCUGGAUCAACGGAGGGUUGAAGAAUGA